AAAGUGAAAAUUACACGGGCCAGUACCCAGCACUCUCAAGUACACCCAGGCUUAGCUAAACUCCCAUCGCUAUCAACAAGUCUGGCUGAGAUGUCAUUACGCGGCCAGCCGCCGUCUAUCGUCGACUUCUACAACCCUUACAUCAAUGCCAAGGAUGCACAUGGGCGCACGCGAGAGCAGAUACUCAAGUGGAACAAUGACAAGCUAGAGCGAAGCCAUGACUAUAUCCAGAUUCUUUUCCCUCUCCCAGAAGGCUCUAUGUUCAGCUACACCGCCCCAAUUAUCGACAAGAAGACCGUGGAAGAGUUUCGCACGAACGGCCAUCUACAGACGACUUUGGGCCAAGCCUUCGACAGGAUGAUGAGGUUUUAUGGCUUUGAAGUUGUCUCAGCCCUCGAUUCAGCGGACUCAGCGAAGCAGGCAGAGGAAUGUGCAGCCGCUGAAGAGAAAGGGAAAGGCAAGGCCGCGGAGGGCGAAGAACACGACGAAGGCCGCAAUGGUAGUGCUGGCACCACGGCGUCUCUCGAUGUUGAUCCUUCUGUUCCAUCAGCCCAUGACACCAAGUUGCCUGAAAAAUCCGUAGCCUCUUCAGGGGUCCAUCACCUUCGCGUCAUACGUGGAGUCAACUUCGAAGAGCGCUCCAAGAAUUGGUGUGUUCAGAUGGACCACAACCACCUCCGUAUCUCGCGUAUCCUACGUUCCUUGCGCGUGCUAGGUCUACAGCGGCAGUGCGAGGCGUUUUUUGAGGCACUUACCAAUGUGUACAAUGAUCCGAAGACCACUAUCGGCAAGAGUUCGAUGAUGUUUUGGAGGAGGGCAGUCUGCGAACCUUUGCAUAUCGCGCCUGACGGCACGGAGUGCAAAUGGCUGAAGGCGUUAGCGUUAUAGGAAACCUCUCGGACACAGAUCAAGGAUUACAUGAUGAUCACUUUUACAAUAGCGCAACGAGCGGAUAGCCCUCAACCUUUCAUCGAGCGCAGCAUGGACUACAAAAAAGAAUGGAGACGAUUUGCUUAUGACGCAUUAAGUUCCAAGGUCAAGAAAAAGGUACUGGCGUUCUCUAACCGGUUUAUCUUUGGGGGUAUCGAAUGACUGGGCCUGGGCAUGGCCAGAGGCCCAACAUCCUGAUUACACUCAUACGCUUAUAUAUAGUGUCUCUUCGG